GGAAGCUGAGCUCAGGUCACGUGACCACCCGCCAUGCAAAUCAGUCCUCAGCUCGAACCUGAUUGGUCGCUUUGCUCUCAUUUAGCGGCUGUCAAAGCGCAUCAUAUGGCCGCUCUGCUACUAACUUUUUCUCCAGCGUCACCCAAAGUAGCUCACAGACUUUUCACUGCACCGGAUGAGAAAAUCAAAAGCUGAAAAGAAAGGUAAAGAAAAUAGCGACUUGUAUCGGCUUUGGAUUGUAUACCUGUUUCCUUGUUGUGUGGGAACCUUUUCUUUUGCGCGUCCGUGCAAGCGGACAGGACAGGGACGCCGCUGCUUGACUCCAAGAGUGAAUGUUUCUCGCGUGUUGAGUGCGAAAGUUAAAUCCAGGUGAAUGUAUAGCAUGAUGAUGGAGACGGACUUGCAUUCCCCGGCACCCCAAACGAACACGGGUGCGGGGCACACGGGGCAAAACGCUGCGGGGAAAUUGAGCCAGGAGCGCGUCAAGCGCCCCAUGAACGCGUUUAUGGUUUGGUCCCGCGGGCAGCGGCGGAAGAUGGCACAGGAAAACCCCAAAAUGCACAACUCGGAGAUCAGCAAGAGGCUUGGGGCCGAGUGGAAGGUCAUGUCAGAGGCGGAAAAGCGGCCUUUUAUUGACGAGGCGAAGCGCCUGCGCGCCAUGCACAUGAAGGAGCACCCGGAUUACAAGUACCGGCCACGCAGGAAGACCAAAACGCUGCUUAAAAAGGACAAAUACUCCCUGGCUGGCGGGCUGCUCGCAAGUUCUGCCGGCGGUGGCGGUGUGACUCUGGGGAUGAGCACAGCGCAGAGGUUAGAGAGUCCCGCGGGUCACGGUGGAGGCGCAGGGGCGGCGAGUUACGCACACGUGAACGGCUGGGCUAACGGUGCGUAUACUGCAGCCGCUGCCGCAGCCAUGAUGCAGGAGGCGCAGUUAGCCUACGGUCAGCACGCAAGCGCUGGGGCCGCUCACCAUCACGGACAUCACCCGCAUCACCAUGGACAUCACCACCCUCACCAUCAGCACGCCGCCAGCGCGCAGCCCGUGCACCGCUAUGACAUGAGCGCGCUGCAGUACAGCCCCAUGUCGAACUCUCCGAGUUACGUGAGCGCCUCACCGUCGACCUAUGCCAUGCAGUACACGCAGCACCAGAGUUCUGUCUCGGCGGCGGCGGGAGCCGUUGGCGCGCUCGGAUCGCUCGUGAAGCCCGAGCCAAGCUCUAGCCCUCCCCUCAGCGGCGCAUCCCGCGCACCCUGUCCAGGUGACCUGCGCGAGAUGAUCAGCAUGUACUUACCGGCGGCGGAGGCUGGAGACGCGGCUGUUCAGAGCAGACUGCAUGCGCUGCCGCAACACUAUCAGACCACUGCAGCUGCCAUUAACGGAACCGUCCCACUGACGCACAUUUAAAGCAAGAAGCAAAAUCCUAAAACUGAACCACAUAUUAUUCACAAACAAGUAACCAAAUAUUUACCUCUUUUUAGAUUAUAAAUACCUGCUUUUUGUACAGAAUGUUUUCUUGUAAAUUUAAAGGUGAUUAUUAUUUAAGCUUUGCUUCAUUGGUACUGUCUUAUCAACAGAAUUUAAUUUCUCCGAUUUGCCUACAAUUGAAAUAUAAUAGCUUUAGGCCAAUAUGUAAUAUGAAAAAUGAAAGGGAUACCAGCCUUUACACAAUCUAGAUUAUCUUGUGAAAACUUGAGAGUUUAAAUAUUUUUAAUGAUUAUUAUCUGUGAAGUACAAGUUUUAAUACACAGGAAACGCCGGGGCACAAUUCAGAGUGAUUUAAGGUUAUUUUAUCUGACCCACAUGCCGCAAUUGCUUGGUUUGUAAACACGUGACUGAGCCUGUGUAUUUUAUCUAUUCUUUUUUAUUUUUUUAUGUUUUUCCCCCCCGUUGUAUUUUUCAUUCUUGUAAAUUGUGCAAAUAUGAUAGAAAAGAAGUGAUAGGUCUGAACAAACUGUAAAUAGGUCGUUGAUUAAUUUUUCACUUGAUUAUUAUUAUUAUUAUUAUUAUUAUUAUUAUUAUUAUUAUUAUUAUUAAGCAAAGGUUUUUUGCGUCGGGAUGAAACAAAUAAAUUUCUCAGCUGUUGCUCUUAUUCUGGUGUUAAUUUGGUCUUUGCAUUACUUAUCCAUUCCAGUUCCAGCCAAAAGCGCACUGUGAGUUCAGGGCAUGUAGAACAAUGGAAAUGUAUUAAUAAACAAACAAAUUUAAAUACAAAUUAAACCGCAAAAACAUGAAUAUAUUCUGAGAUUGUAGUCUGUGAAUCUAGAUAAUCUAGAGUCCCGUGAGGGGCUAUGUCUAUAACAUAUAUACAAACAAUGUUCUGACAUGUUUGGGGAAAAAUGAUUUUAUUGUUAAUAGUUUGUUCCAUUAUUGUUUUAAUCAUCUGUAGUAUAUUGUUGCAAAUGCAUUUUCUCUUAACAAUGAAAUUAUUUAUUCUAUGUAAUCUGUCAUUGUUAAGAUAUCAAGUUACCCAUGCUGUUUUUUUAGUAAUAAUGAGUAGAAGAAGAAAAGGAAGAAAAAAAACAAAGGUAAUUUCUUAUCGAUUUACUUCAUUGACAAAUUCACGUUCGGUAUAAACAUAAUACAGGUUUAUUUAGUGUGAAAAUCAUUUGUUUUUGUUGUUUUUAGUUGUUUUAUUUGACUUUUUUUAUUUGGAACACAUAUUUUGACGGUUUAUUUCGGAAGCUCAGUAGGUUUGCUGUUGAAGCGUUAACUGAACGUGUAUUUGGCAUAAAUAGCACUAAAGUGAUUGAGUAAAUGAUGUGUCGGUUAUGAAAUAGCCUAGCUGAAGUAGCGUCAAAAGGAUUUACAGUGCCUGAAUAAAUCCAGGUCAUUAUUGUAAACAAAGUGUAAACAAGCAUGU